UUGUAUCAGCUGCCACAAAUAGUAUGGGAAAAUGCUAUGCAGAUACAGUAGCCAUAGGAAAUGGUGCAAAGAAACCGGACCUAAUUUAUAUGAAUACUGCUUGGACAACUGUUGCUAGCAAUUCAAGCAACAUUGCAAUUAUUGCACUAUCUCCUCAACCUAAUAACGUUACUAUAAAUGUGAUAUCAAGCCCAGUGGAAAAUAUUCGGCCGGAUUUUAUUCAGAUGUUGCUUACUUUCCCACUUGAUCCUCCUCACAUCACUAUUGAAAUCUUGCAAGAUUCGAUUUAUGCUAAUUCGCCAAUUCUAGAUGAUCAAAGAUUUGCUGAUGAAUUUGUCAAGAGACGUAAAGCAGACGAUAGCC